UCGCGCGCGCCUGCAAGAUGCCCGGGCCGCGGCGGGGCUGCCGCAGCCCGCGGGUACCAAACCACCUUCCCUGGAUUUUGAUGCUGAGUCAGAAUUGUUUUCACUAAAGAUGGAAACAUUGGAGUCAGAACUGACCUGCCCAAUCUGCUUGGAGUUGUUUGAGGACCCCCUCCUGCUGCCGUGUGCCCACAGCCUCUGCUUCAGCUGCGCCCACCGCAUCCUAGUGUCCAGCUGCUCCUCCAGCGAGUCCAUCGAGCCCAUCACCGCCUUCCAGUGCCCCACCUGCCGCUAUGUCAUCUCCCUCAACCACCGGGGCCUGGAGGGCCUCAAGAGGAAUGUGACCCUGCAGAACAUCAUCGACCGCUUCCAGAAGGCAUCCCUGAGCGGCCCCAACUCCCCCAACGAGAGCCGCCGCGAGAGGGCCUUCCGCAACAGCCCUACCAUGUCCGUGGCCGGCGAGAGGAUCGCCUGCCAGUUCUGCGAGCAGGACCCGCCGCGGGACGCCGUCAAGACCUGCAUCACCUGCGAGGUGUCCUACUGUGACCGCUGCCUGCGGGCCACGCACCCCAACAAGAAGCCCUUCACCAGCCACCGGCUGGUGGAGCCCGUGCCCGAUGCCCACUUCCGAGGACUGACGUGCCUGGAGCAUGAGAACGAGAAGGUGAACAUGUACUGUGUUGCUGACGACCAGCUCAUCUGUGCCUUAUGUAAGCUGGUGGGACGCCACCGGGACCACCAAGUGGCAUCCCUCAGUGAUCGCUUCGAAAAGCUAAAGCAAACCCUGGAGACAAAUCUCACCAACCUGGUUAAACGCAACAGUGAACUGGAGAACCAGAUGGCCAAGCUGAUACAGAUCUGCCAGCAAGUGGAGGUGAACACAGCCAUGCACGAGGCCAAGCUGAUGGAGGAGUGCGAUGAGCUGAUGGAGAUCAUCCGGCAGCGCAAGCAGGUCAUCGCCGUCAAGAUCAAGGAGACCAAGGUGAUGAAGCUGCGGAAGCUGGCCCAGCAGGUCGCCAACUGCCGGCAGUGUCUGGAGCGCUCCACGGUCCUCAUCAACCAGGCCGAGCACAUCCUGAAGGAGAACGACCACGCACGCUUCCUGCAGACAGCCAGGAACGUGGCAGAGAGGGUCGCCAUGGCAACUGCAUCCUCCCAGGUUCUGAUCCCAGAUAUCAAUUUUAAUGAUGCCUUCGAGAACUUCGCUUUGGAUUUCUCCAGAGAGAAGAAGUUGCUGGAGGGUCUGGAUUAUCUCACUGCGCCCAACCCGCCGUCGGUGCGCGAGGAGCUGUGCACGGCCUCCCACGACACCAUCACCGUCCACUGGCUGUCGGAGGACGAGUUCAGUGUCAGCUCCUACGAGCUGCAGUACACCAUCUUCACCGGCCAGGCCAACUUCAUCAGUCUAUACAACUCCAUGGACAGCUGGAUGAUUGUCCCCAACAUCAAGCAGAACCACUACACGGUGCACGGGCUGCAGAGCGGCACCCGCUACAUCUUCCUGGUGAAGGCCAUCAACCAGGCGGGCAGCAGGAACAGCGAGCCCGCCCGCCUCAAGACCAACAGUCAGCCCUUUAAGCUGGACCCCAAGAUGGCUCACAAGAAGUUGAAGAUCUCCAACGACGGGCUGCAGAUGGAGAAGGACGAGAGCUCCCUGAAGAAGAGCCACACGCCCGAGCGGUUCAGCGGGACGGGCUGCUACGGCGCGGCAGGGAACGUCUUCCUCGACAGCGGCUGCCACUACUGGGAGGUGGUGGUGGGAUCCUCCACCUGGUAUGCCAUCGGCGUGGCUUACAAAUCGGCGCCCAAGAACGAGUGGAUCGGGAAGAACUCCUCCUCCUGGGUCUUCUCCCGCUGCAACAACAACUUUGUGGUGAGGCACAACAACAAGGAGAUGCUGGUGGAGGUGCACCCGCAGAUGAAGCGCCUGGGCGUCCUCCUGGAUUACGACAACAACGCCCUCUCCUUCUACGACCCGGCCAACUCCCUGCACCUCCACACCUUCGAGGUCUCCUUCAUCCUGCCCGUCUGCCCCACCUUCACCAUCUGGAACAAGUCCUUGAUGAUCCUCUCGGGGCUGCCCGCCCCGGACUUCAUCGACUACCCGGAGCAGCAGGAGUGUAACUGCAGGCCCCAGGAGUCCCCGUACGUGUCAGGCAUGAAAACCUGCCACUAGGCUGCCCUCGCCCUGCCCGUGCCCCGCGCUGGCACCAGUGACGCCGGUGGGUGCCGGUGGCCAGAGCGCUCUGGCAGCCGUGCCCGGGAGCUGCUGCGUGGCCGAGGUGCUCCGGCAGGAGAGAGCCUCCCGACCCAGCUCCAUCCCUCUCCAAGGGAAGAGCCUCUUGCCGUGGCUGAAAAUAAACUCCCCUUGGCCAGCUGCACCCGUGGCCAGCGCAGCUCCUGCAGCUCCUUGGCGCUGCGCUCCCGAAGCAGGCGGUCACCUGGGUAGUUUUGUCUUCCUAUGGGGGCUGGAGAGGCUGGGCCAGGGUUUUGGGUGAUCUCCUGAGGUGCUGCUGUGCUCAGGGGAUGUGUCCUGAGGUGAUGGUGUGAUCAGGAUACAUCUCUUGAGGUGCUGGUGUGGUCAAAGGACAUCUCAUGAGGUGCUGCUGUGGUCAGGGGAUGUCUCCUGAGGUGAUGAUGUGGUCAAGGGGACAUCUUGUGAGGUGCUGGUGUGGUCAGGGGACAUCUUGUGAGGUGCUGGUGUGGUCAAGAGACAUCUUGUGAGAUGCUGUCGUGAUCAGGGGACACCUUGUGAGGUGCUGUCAUGGUCAGGGGAGAUCUUGUGAGGUGCUGGUGUGGUCAAGAGACAUCUUGUGAGAUGCUGUCGUGGUCAGGGGACAUCUUGUGAGGUGCUGCUGUGAUCAGGGGACAUGUCUUGCAUCCCAGCAAGACACAGGUUGGAACAGGAGGAGCAGUUGGCAUUCUGGAGCCCCUUGGUAGCUUGUCUGGAGGGCUAGGUGGGACCCAAGCAGCUUUUUCUGGGGAGGCCCUUCUGUUUGGCUGAAGUUGGGCAGGGUUCCUGCGGUGGCAAGUGAUUGCAUGGGCCCCUCGCUGCUGGCGAGUGCUGGCGUUGGCUAUGUGAUGAGUGGUGGUGGUGAUGUGGCAGAUGAUGGUUUCUUGGUGGGUGGUGGCUAUGUGGCAGGCAGUGGCUAUGUGGUGGGUGGUGGUUACGUGGUGGAUGGUCUGUGGGUGUGAGGGCAGCACUGAGAAGGAUGGCUCCACUGCUCCUCCUGGCCAUGAGUGUGCUCCUGGUGCUUGGCUGGCGUUGCAGACAGCUGCAGACCCUUGCCCCACUGUGUCUCCUCCUUUGGGAGCCCACCAGGACUCCGGGAGGCUGCCCCCCAACCCUUCAGCAUCUUGCCUCUGGCACAGAGGCUUGGUAGAUGGAGGAUCCAGCUGUGUCCUAGCAGGUGCAGCUCCUGUAGAGCUCCAUGAGUGCCGUGCCUGGUGUCCCUGCACAAAGCCACAUCUUCCCCUGCUGAGCAGAGGCUCCAGCCCUGCCCAGAGACCAUCCAUGACCCCACAGCUUGGUUUGUUCUCUGCCACGGUGGUGUGAGCAUAGAGCCUUCCUGUUUGCUCUCUGGUAAAGGACUGAGUUCACCCUGGGGCAGCCAGCUCUGGCCUAUUGGGAGCUUUUGGCUGCCACCAGCGCUCCCAAUACCCACAGGCACCAAGUCCCCUGGCCAAGCACUGGUUUCCACAUGUGCUUUAAAGCCAGGAGAAGCUGGGCUGGGCACCAUUGGUCCCUGUGUCCCAGGGAGCAAAGACCCAGUGUGGGCACCUGUAGACAGGGUCUGUGGCAUAGUUCAAGACAGGUGGGCAUGUGGACACCUCCUUCAGACCCACACAGGUGGCACAGCAUGGUGGAGAUGCUGGAGGAGGUCAGGCAGUAUGGUGGCCCAGGAUGGGCUGGUGAAUGAGCUUUGGUCCAUGGUUUGGAAAGCUCCUUCUGCCAGCUGUCAGAUGCCUUGGUGGCAUCGCGUGGGGACCUCCAGGCUCUGCCUCUCUGUUCUGGACCUUGCUGAUUGAGAACUACCUCAGUGCCCAGCUGUGGAGGGGUAGGUGACAGCACUUCAAGCCAUGUCCCACAGAGGCUGCAGGAGAGGAGCCAGCUGACCUUGUCCAAGCGUGGGUGCUCCCCACCAGCAGCCUGGGGACACUGCUAGUUCGGUCUGGUAGUGACAGCAGCCAGGAGAUGGCUUUGUCCAGGGAGAGUGUGACCAGAAGAGCCUGUUCCUCAGCCCAGCGUCCCUCAGCUUUGCCUGGGUGACAGCUUGGGGACUGCCUGCCUAGUGCUGGGGUGGCACCUGCAGGGAAGGGUCCUGCCACUUGAGCUGCCCAGCUGAGUUUAGGUUUCCCUCUGGUCCAGGCUGCUUCCCCACAGGACUUGGCAGGGCUUGGGUGGGCACUGUGGCUCUCCUUAGCAACUCCAUUUGCUUCUCAUGUGCCCACAGCAGGUGGGUACAGCAGGGUCCCGCUGGCCCUUCCUUCCCAGGGCCAGGCACACCAGCACAGGUGCUCUGGGAGAAGCAGCUGCCAGUUUCAGCCAGAGGCUUUCAGAGCCAUGCAGGGCUCUCACCAAAGCCCCUUUCCCAUGUGCUGCCCCUCAGGGGCUGCCCCAAGACAGACCCCAGACAGACCCAAGCACUGGAGAUGCCCUGGGUGCCCAGCUUCCCGCUGGCACUGGCACCACGUUGGUGGCAUGUGGACAGAGGACUCAGUCCCCCACAAGAGGUAUUUUCCUGCUGUUUGCACCUGAUGAAAUUGCACUAAUUACAGCGGGACCCCCAGGGACUCUCCUGGGGACCCCCCAGCCUCCCACACAUGCCUUGUCCCAGGGCCAGGCAGGAGGACACAGAGGGGAGUUCACAUGGCCAUGUCCCCAGGGGACCCCCUGAGCUGGCAGUCCUGGGGGAUGGGAGCCCCCAGCCACCCACCUUUCCCUCUCCUGGUUUUGGCAAAACAAAACUCCCCCAAGGAGGUGGGAGAAGCAGCCCCCACUCUGGUCCCCUCUGCCCCCUGCCCAGGAGGGAGUGACCCUCCUCGUGUGUGACACACAGCAGCAGCUUCGCUCUGUCCAAGCCCCCACAGGGUCACGAAUGAGCACAUUCCCCACAGGGCCCAGGACACGGGUUGGGGGUUGGGGGGGGGUCCCAGUGGGGCUGGGUGCUGCUACUGCCUCCCCUGCUCCAGGUCACUCCUUUGUACAGACUUGGGAUGCGGUAGGUCCUGGUACCCUCGGGCCCUCCUCCCCGCCUCUGUGACAUGCCCCUCUGGUUCUGCUCUGGGGAGGGUUGGGAAUCUUCCUGCUCUGGUUUGUCCCUUCUUUUGGUGGGGUUUUUUUUGCAACUCCUUUGUUAAUGUGUACAUAUAUAUAUAUAUAUAAAAUAUAAUAUAAUAUA